AUGUCGUUUCACAACAGAAAGUUCUCCAUAAACAGGACCACUGGAACUCCAAGGUUGUCGUCCAAGAUGAACCGAAGAUUCUCUACACAUGAUCCUUCUCCCAAUGAAAUGGACUCCAAGAUCCACAAGCAGUUCCGAAAUGCCCACGAAGGUCACAAAUCUCACGCUGGACUCGAUCCAACCCGUGCCUCUACUGGUGUAGUCUGGUGUACCGAGAGAGCCUACGAGCAUGGAUUUGCCGAAGAGCCCGAGAAAUGGGCAAACCUUGGACAAGGAGCUCCUGAAGUUGACGACGAAAUCGCUGGUAGUUUCAAGCGUCCCGAGAGCAUCGACAUCACAAUGACAGGCAGAGAGUAUGGUCCUACUGCCGGUAUCAAGAGUUUGAGAGCUGCCGUCGCAAACCUGUACAAUGUCCACCAUAGACAGGGCAAGGAAAGUCAAUAUACUUGGGAAAAUGUGUGCAUUGUUCCAGGUGGUCGUGCUGGGUUGAUCAGAAUUGCUGCAGUAUUGAAUAAUGCAUACUUGGGCUUCUUCAUUCCUGAUUAUACUGCAUACAACGAGAUGUUGUCAUUAUUCAAGAACAUCGAGGAAGAAAUUGCUCGUGGUACCUCUGUUAUCUUGACUUCAAAUCCUAGAAAUCCUACCGGAAAGGUUGUCAAGAACCCUGAGCUUGCCGAAAUCCAAGAUAUCUGCAGAGACAGAGCUACUCUCAUCAUGGAUGAAUUUUACGGAGGAUACAACUAUACCAGUGACUGCGAUGGUACCACCAUCAGUGCUGCAGAAAAUAUUGUGGACGUGGAUGAGGAUGAUGUUUUGAUCAUUGACGGUCUCACCAAACGCUUCAGAUUACCAGGAUGGAGAAUUGCGUGGAUUGUUGGACCAAAGGAAUUCAUCAAGGCUAUUGGCUCAUGUGGUUCAUACCUUGAUGGUGGUGCCAAUGUUCCCUUCCAGGAAGCUGCUAUCCCUAUGCUUGAGCCUAACAAGGUCAGGGAGGAGAUGAAGGCUUUACAAAGUCAUUUCCGUGAGAAGCGUGACUAUGUUAUCUCCCGCCUUCGUGAGAUGGGAUUCAAAAUCAAGGAAGUGCCUGACAGUACUUUCUACUUGUGGUUGGAUCUCGAAGGACUCCCAGCCGCGAUCUCUGAUGGUCUCAACUUUUUCCAAGCAUGUCUUGAGGAGCGUGUCAUCGUUGUACCUGGUAUCUUUUUCGACUUGAACCCAAGUAAGAGAAGAGAUCUGUUCGAUAGUCCUUGUCACCAUUUUGUACGAUUUUCUUAUGGUCCAACUAUGGAGACUUUGAAAAUGGGUUUGGAUGGUAUUGAGAGAGUGGUUAAGAAAUUCACAAAGCCUGGAGAACCACUAGAGCAAGCUGUACAGGAAGAUGAAGAAUAG